AUGGCCGCCGCCCCCGCCCACCCCGCGGGGCUCCCGGGCUCCCCGGGGCCGGGGUCCCCUUCGCCCGCCGCCGGCCUGGACCUGCCGUCGCCGCCGCCGCCGCUGCUGCCGCAGGCCUCGGUCCCGGCGCCGGGCCCCGGCGUCUCCUUCCACAUCCAGAUCGGGCUGACCCGCGAGUUCGUGCUGCUGCCCGCCGCCUCGGAGCUGGCCCACGUGAAGCAGCUGGCCUGCUCCAUCGUGGACCAGAAGUUCCCCGAGUGCGGCUUCUACGGCCUCUACGACAAGAUCCUGCUGUUCAAACAUGACCCCGCGUCCGCCAACCUCCUGCAGCUGGUGCGCUCGGCCGGCGACAUCCAGGAAGGCGACCUGGUGGAGGUGGUGCUGUCCGCCUCGGCCACCUUCGAGGACUUCCAGAUCCGCCCGCACGCGCUCACGGUGCACUCCUACCGCGCGCCCGCCUUCUGCGACCACUGCGGGGAGAUGCUCUUCGGGCUGGUGCGGCAGGGCCUCAAGUGUGACGGCUGCGGACUGAACUACCACAAGCGCUGCGCCUUCAGCAUCCCCAACAACUGCAGCGGGGCCCGCAAGCGGCGCCUGUCCUCCACGUCCCUGGCCAGCGGCCACUCGCUGCGCCUCAGCACCUCGGACUCUCUGCCCUGCACGGCGGAUGAGCUGAGCCGCAGCACCACGGAGCUCCUGCCUCGCCGCCCGCCCUCGUCCUCCUCCUCGUCCACCUCCUCCUACACCGGCCGCCCCAUCGAGCUGGACAAGAUGCUGCUCUCCAAGGUCAAGGUGCCGCAUACCUUCCUCAUCCACAGCUACACGCGGCCCACGGUCUGCCAGGCCUGCAAGAAGCUUCUCAAGGGGCUCUUCCGCCAGGGCCUGCAGUGCAAAGACUGCAAGUUCAACUGCCACAAGCGCUGUGCCACCCGCGUCCCCAACGACUGCCUGGGAGAGGUGCUCAUCAACGGAGAUGUGCCGAUGGAGGAGGCCACGGACUUCAGCGAGGCCGACAAGAGCAUGGAUGAGUCCGACGACUCCGGCAUCAUCCCAGGCUCCCACUCGGAAAACGCCCUUCACCCCAGCGAGGAGGAGGAAGCCGAGGGGGGCAAGGCCCAGAGCUCCCUGGGGUACAUCCCCCUCAUGAGGGUGGUGCAGUCAGUGCGACACACCACACGGAAAUCCAGCAGCACCCUGCACGAAGGCUGGGUGGUUCAUUACAGCAACAAGGACACCCUGAGGAAGCGGCACUACUGGCGCCUGGACAGCAAGUGCAUCACCCUCUUCCAGAACAACACAACCAACAGAUACUACAAGGAGAUCCCGCUGUCCGAGAUCCUGACCGUGGAGCCCGCCCAGAACUUCAGCCUGGUGCCCCCGGGCACCAACCCGCACUGCUUCGAGAUCGUCACCGCCAACGCCACCUACUUCGUGGGCGAGACGCCGGGCGGGGCCCCCGGCGGGCCCAGCGGACAGGGGGCCGAGGCCGCCCGGGGCUGGGAGACGGCCAUCCGCCAGGCCCUGAUGCCCGUCAUCCUCCAGGACGCGCCCAGCGCCCCGGGCCACGUGCCCCACAGACAAGCGUCUCUGAGCAUCUCCGUGUCUAACAGUCAGAUCCAAGAGAAUGUGGACAUCGCCACCGUCUACCAGAUCUUCCCGGACGAGGUGCUGGGCUCGGGGCAGUUCGGAGUGGUCUACGGCGGAAAGCACCGGAAGACGGGCCGGGACGUGGCGGUCAAGGUCAUCGACAAGCUGCGCUUCCCCACCAAGCAGGAGAGCCAGCUCCGGAACGAAGUGGCCAUCCUGCAGAGCCUGCGGCACCCGGGGAUCGUGAACCUGGAGUGCAUGUUCGAGACGCCGGAGAAGGUGUUCGUGGUGAUGGAGAAGCUGCACGGGGACAUGCUCGAGAUGAUCCUGUCCAGCGAGAAGGGCCGGCUGCCCGAGCGCCUCACCAAGUUCCUCAUCACCCAGAUCCUGGUGGCGCUGAGGCACCUGCACUUCAAGAACAUCGUCCACUGCGACCUGAAACCAGAGAACGUGCUGCUGGCCUCAGCCGACCCGUUCCCCCAGGUGAAGCUGUGCGACUUCGGCUUCGCGCGCAUCAUCGGGGAGAAGUCCUUCCGCCGCUCGGUGGUGGGCACGCCCGCCUACCUGGCGCCCGAGGUGCUGCUCAACCAGGGCUACAACCGCUCGCUGGACAUGUGGUCCGUGGGCGUCAUCAUGUACGUCAGCCUCAGCGGCACCUUCCCCUUCAACGAGGACGAGGACAUCAACGACCAGAUCCAGAACGCGGCCUUCAUGUACCCGGCCUGCCCCUGGAGCCGCAUCUCCGCCGGCGCCAUCGACCUCAUCAACAACCUGCUGCAGGUGAAGAUGCGCAAGCGCUACAGCGUGGACAAGUCUCUCAGCCACCCGUGGUUACAGGAGUACCAGACGUGGCUGGACCUCCGGGAGCUGGAGGGGAAGAUGGGCGAGCGGUACAUCACUCACGAGAGCGACGACGCACGCUGGGAGCAGUUCGUGGCGGAGCACCCGCUGCCCGGGCCGGGGCUGCCCGCCGACAUGGAGCUCGGCGGGGCCCUCCCGCCGCAGGACCACGAGAUGCAGGGGCUGGCCCAGCGCAUCAGCGUCCUCUGA